AAUCCCUGAUAUAAGUGGCGUAAUAAACCUCCCGAUCUAUUCUUGUUCGUUGUUUCUUCUUCUUCUCCAACGCUCUCAUCGAUUCCAAAAGCAUGGCUGCAACCGACUCGAGCAGCCAGGUUGAUGUAAGAAAGCUUGCCUGCUUCUUUGAGUCUCUCGGCACCUCUUCCCCUGAUACAAGGAACCCACUCGGUUUCGAAACCAGAAAUCAGAAACGUUCCGGAGGAUCCGCUGGUUCAGGCACCUAUACUCCUGAUGACUUGAGUGACAAGUUCAGAGGAUCAGUGGCUGGUGGAGGUGCUUCUAUGAACAAAGGACCAUUACGUGUGCCUUACAAUGAGGAUUUCAAGGCCAACUCCAAACAAACACGCACACUCACUCCUAUUGGCUUCCCGACGUUCCCGUCCUUUGAAAUAGGACCAGCGUUCGUUCCAGAUGCACCUGGUUAUAUGGUCUCAGGUGUUUAUUGUGAUAAUUGUUCUAAGGAACACCCUACUAUGUAUUGCCCUGACAUCCCUUGUCGGGUUUGUUAUAAGGUACACCACCCCUGUAAUUGCCCUUACUUCCGCCAUCUCCCACGGGGUGCAACAUUUGCUCCUGGCUAUGAGGUACUUUGUGAAUGUGGUAAUGUGUUUAGUGAGGCUAAGUGGCGUUGUACCUUUUGUGCGGGGAGCAGAGCAGUGCUUACGCCCAAGUUUUGUUCGGUUUGUCUUAGCUCCGGUAUGCACGCUACAUAUGAAUGCCCAGAGGACAAGGUUCGUGCUGCUCGGCAUAAAGCCAUUAGAGACAAGUGGCUUGCAGAGGGCUUUGAGUUGGGUCGACUUUGUGGAUACAUGAAAGACGGCUAAUUUACCGUUUCUACUAAAUAAGCUUCCAACUAGUUGUUGCUUCUCUGUAAAGCAGACCGGUUGCACCAGAUUGAAUUCAGUUAAUGCAACUCUUAUGAGGUUAAUUAAUCCUACUUUAUGAGUACAUAAAGGCAGCUUGAACUUUGUAUAAAUAAAAAAGAGAGAGUUUGAACUUUUUAAUAUCCGAAAUCUUUAGCUAUUUGCAGCGGUAA